AUGGCUCGGACUAUGGAUCCCACUACAAAGGCCACCUUUCCGAAUGACUUUGCUGCUUCCACAUGGGCAAACGGUUCCGACACGUGGUUCAAUGUUUACAGUUGGGUCAAUUCGCAGGUCAGUUCAGUGCAAAACGAAAGGGGUUACGGUAGUCGCACGCAGUCGUUUUUUGCGUCUCUCGGGGAGUGACCGGGUGACCGACUGGCACGGCCGUCCGCGCAUUCAAAUUAGCGCCUUCCGUGUAUACUUUACCGACUGAUUUAUAGGGCAUUGUCCUUGCGAAAGAACACUUGCCCGCUUUCUUCUCCCACGAAGGGUGCAAUUUCAAUGUGUUUGCACUUUUGAAAACGGCCCCCGACGCAGCGGAGAUAGAAUUGGUAAUGACGCGGAAAGCGGCACGGACACUGGCACCGAGCCAGCUGCCUUGGCGACCGAAAGGGACCGAAAGGGACGGGUCCGGAUGGGAACGGCGAGAUAUUGUGGGCGACGGCGAGACGACGGCCGACUUUCGGACAUUUGACUCCCAAAUCGGAGUGGCUCCGCGAGCAGCGAGCAUCCGGCGGUCAAGCAAAAGUGGGGUAAACUCCUUCUGAAGACGAUUACCCCAUUAGACUUUCUGAGAAGAUGGAUGGGACUCGGAAUCUUGUUGUGUUGUAUACGGUAGAUGAGCAGAAAGCUCCAGUACAUCAGAGGCAUCAAAAAGAGACUGAAGUUUUUCUCCGCGCGAUCCUCAAAUCUCUCCUCCAUCCGGCUGCGUAAAGAGUGCAAAUCUGAUUGCGGCAGCGUUCGUUCUCUCUUUCUUCAUGUUGCACUUCUCACUUCCGCGUGCACUUUGUCGGUAUCCUCCUCCCGCGAACAAAACAAACGAAUCGGCACCCCUUAUCACUCGGCUACCGUUCUCAGUCUCUUUUCCAAUCGUUCUAUUUCCACUUUCCCUCCUGGUCGCUAGUUUAUUUGCGUACCCGACAGUACCAGUCAAAACGGCCGAUCGAAAUAUAGAGGAUCUGGGAGAGGUCGGCGACGAAAAAACUUCUCUCGGCGGUCGUCGCCUCGAAACCUUGAAGUUUGAUGACCCUGAAGCGGAAGGGAGGUGUCGCCUCGUUCCCGGCGCCGCGUGCACGCUCCGCUCUCACGCGCGUCCAAGUUCGCACAAAAAGAGAGCUUGGCACGGCGCCAAGUUGAGAGAGCCGCGCAGAUCAGAUCUUUGCUCUCAAGGACCGCCGCCCGCAUGUUGCAAAAGCAGGGUGUUCUCUAGUGAGCAAAGAGCACGGCUCCGCGAGAGAGACACGCUGUCUCGAGUCGUCUGUCCCCUCGCAGCUCUCGCGCCGUCCACUACCUGGCACGGCGUCCACUACGUAUAUUCUGUUGUUGUUGUUGUUGAUAUGGUGGCCCGACUGCAUCUCUCCCGCAUCCGCUCCGCCCCUUGCUAGCCGCUGGAAUCCAAAGUCUGCGCCAUUGUUGUUGUGGAUGAACGAGAGAGAGAGAGAGAGAGAGAGAGAGAGAGAGAGAGAGAGAGAGAGAGAGAGGAAGUGAGUGAGGAAGGAGAUGUUCAAAUUUGUUGUCCACGUCCGUCAACGGCUUCACGACCUGGCACCCGUGCACGCGACAUCCGGUGCCUGGGAAAGACGUCCGGAGUUCAUGUGGAACAGAGGGAUCACACGAGCAAAGUCCACGCAGAUCAGGCCGUCGACUCGAAAAGGUCAAACCUCCGUCGGUUUGCAAACAAACUACUAUUGUUCCGUGGAAACGUAAGCCACGCCGAAUCGGAAUCAGAUAGUGGAACCUGUUAGCCGCAAGGCCGGUUGCAGGAGUAACAGCUGUCGGUCCAAUUCAAACAACCGUGCCCGGUUUCGCUUCCAUUUGCAGUGCACCUGUCUUCAGCACCCGCCCGUCUUUUGACUCAUCCGUCGUGUUCACUUCACGGACGUCGCCGUCCGUACCGGGCAGUGCGUCACUCAAAGACGAGGUAUUCACACAGGUGUACGGUGACGUGGAAUAAGUUAGAAGGACGGAGGUGACUCAUGGCGCCGUGCGAAAGAGCGCAUCCUUGACGAGCCAUAAAUCGUCGUCUGCGUCUCACCCUCUAAUUUACAACAAAGAAACGGGCGAUGCGGACGUCCUUGCUUCUCAUUACGAGCUUGGUGUCUGUCGGUGACAUGGCAAAAACGACUGGGCCAUAAAUUUCGACGUUUCGAUAAAUUUAAUGACGAUGGGAAUGCGCAGAGAGUGGGGGAAACGGAGAGACGGAGGGAAUAAAAGGAACGAGAUCGGGAUGGGUUAUCAACGGAAAGAGAAACUGAACGAUUUCUGGGGGACAAGUAAGUAAGUUUCAGAAUGAUUCGGACAACGGGGAAAGCAUCCGCUCGUCGACCUCUUCUCAGCCACAGACGUCUCCGUCGUCCGGACUGGAUGAUCGUGAGCACCGUCUCCUUUGCGAUACUCCAAACAGCCCGGUCGAGCAGCCUUCGUCCAACUUUUUCAACAACAAUAACAACAAUAACAACAACAAUAAGAUCUCUGAGUUCGACCUCAACACCAGCUGGUUCAAUCCGCCACCACUCACCACUUCCCUCAUUCAGAAUCAGAACACUGCUGCAGUCCAACAGAAGCAAGAGGUAUUCUAGUGACCUACGAAGAAUAUUCUGUAGUGAUCAAUUUCAUUUCAGACUAAGUCGGAAGACUAUGCCCUGCUCCAGGAGCUCCUGCGGCUCAACCUCAACACGUCCUCUCCUCCGGCAGUCUCCAACAUGUCCACUUCCAAUCAGAUCUUCUCGUCUGCCUCUCCGUCCACCUCUUCUCCGUGGUCUCUUCCGCCAGAUGAGCCACCAAUGUACCGUCCGGUGCCAGUUGCUGCUCGCGUCAGUCCUCCACUUUCCCAGAACAUGUACUGGAAUGCUCCGACCAGCCGUCACAACUCGGACGCCGAUUUCCUCCAGGCUCUUAGCAACCAGCUAGCCGCCUGCCAAGUUGCUCCUCCGACGCAGCCAUCGGGAGUCGAUAUGACCUACAUCAUGCAGCAACAAGCACUCGCAGUCCACCAACAACAGCAGCAGAACAGCCGACAGUGGCCCCCGAAAGCUGCUUAUCAGCGGUUUACUCUUAUGGCUGCUCUCCAGACCAAAGUGGAUGAGGUGACCGAUGAGUACCGUCAGUUGGAGAAGGAGAGGAAGCAGACGGAGGCGGAACUGGCUCGCCAUAACCUCGGAAAGAAGAUCUCUUCUUCGAACGGACUCCCGAUUCCGAAACUGCCCACUGCUCCGUCCCGCAUCGACCGAAUGGUUGUCGACUUUUUCCGGGAGCACGCCAGAAUCAGCACUCUUCUCUCGAAGAUGGAACAGUUGGCUGGGAUGGCAAUGCCGAUGGCUGCUCACCACACUCUCGCAGGUACUUUUCAUUUGCACUGGGGGCUUGAAUCAACGUGUUAUUGUUCAGAGCUUCUCGAGGCAAUCACUCGUCUCUACCACAGUCGUAUUCACGAAAGAGGACUCAUUCUGCAGCAGUUGAGAGGCGAAGUCAUUCAUUAUGACGAGGAGAAAGGUAAGCAUUCACACCGAAAGCCUGAAUCAAUCAUUCGUCAACUUCAGAAGCCGGAGUCCUUGUCGAGAUCCUCUGUCUGGUGCAGCACGCGGCAACUCGUGUUCGUGCGGCCAACUGGUACUGUCUGAUGACCACUCUCAACCCGUUGGAUGCCAACCAGAGAAUGCAGAUGGAUCAGAUCGUGGCUUCCGAUUACACCAUCGCUCCCCCACCGAUCAGACCUCGUCCAGUCUGA